AUGCCUCGCCCACGCUCCCGGAGAGAGAUCUCUGACUACAGCUCCUCGGACUCUGAGGAGGAGAUUCCACGUAGAACGACCAGGCCCAAAACGAGAAAGAACCUUGAUGCAUUCGGAUACAGCUCCUCGUCCGGAUCCGAGGACGACAGAAAUCGGAAAUCGGCCGGCUCGAACACCAACCAGAACCAGAAGAAGAAGAAGAAGCGCAAGCCUAGCCCCCAGCGGAGCAUCAACAGAAUUUGGAGACACUUUGCCGCAAAGAAGUUUACCAAGGCGCUUUCUAUCUUGCCCUUCGACCCAGUGCCAUUGCCGACCAACCAAGACCGACCAAAUGAGUUGCUUAGCGCAGGAUACGAGCGCGCUGUUGAAGAGUGCAGACGGAAAGUGAAGAAAAUCAUUCAAGAAUGCCGGAGGGUGAACACAAGAUACCGAGAUCCUGGUUGGGACAUUGACUGGGACUUGAAAAUGGUUAAGGGCAAUUGUCUCAACUAUCUCGGUUCCAACAAGUUCGACAUUGCUGGACCUCGUCUUAGCUCAAGCACGUCGAUUCCCAAAUCUGUCAAGCGUGUCCAUGAAAUUUACCCCAAUCCGACAUUCAUGGAAGACUUGGACGCGGGCGAUGUGAAACAGGGCAAUCUUGGCAACUGCUGGCUGAUUGCAAGUUUGAGCGCCUUGGCUAACGUAGAGGACGGCAUCAAGAGAAUGUGUGUGGAGUACGAUACUCGCAUUGGAAUAUAUGGGUUUGUCUUCUAUCGCGAUGGAGAAUGGGUCUACUCUAUCGUCGACGACAAGCUUUUCCUGACCUCUCCAAACUGGGAUUCGCCAAGUCUCCAACGUGAUCUGCUGUCGCAGAUUGACCGUGAAAAUGAGGACGCCGAACAGGUCUACCGUAAGACAUAUCAAACCGGGUCCAAGGCACUCUUCUUUGGCUCGAACAAGAACCAGAACGAGACCUGGGUCCCACUGAUCGAGAAGGCUUUUGCAAAAGUCCACGGCGACUUUUCUUCCUUGAUUGGUGGUUGGAUUGGUGAAGGCCUGGAAGAUCUCAGUGGUGGUGUGACUACCGAGCUCCUUGGCAGUGACAUCCUAGACUUGGACGGUUUCUGGGAGAAUGAUCUGUGCAAGGUAAACCAGGAGUUCAUGUUUGGUUGCUCCACCGGCCUGCUUGACGGCGGGUAUGGCGAGAGAAAUGGCAUCCGAGAAGGCCAUGCUUACGUUGUUAUGGACGCAAGAACUUUGAAGAAUGGAGAGCGCCUUGUCAAAUUGAGGAACCCUUGGGGUAAGCUCAAGAAAGGCAUCUGGGAUGGCCCAUGGUCCGAUGGCUCCAAGGAGUGGACCAACGAAGCCAAGGAAGAGCUCGGGCAUCAGUUUGGCAACGACUCGGUCUUCUGGAUCAGGUACGAAGACCUGCUUCGGAAGUUCCAACACUUCGAUCGCACCCGUCUCUUCAGAGAUCCCGAUUGGCGUUGUUGCCAAAGAUGGAUCGGUGUUGAUGUGCCGUGGAAGCCUCAGUACAACGAGAAGUUUCACAUCACUUUGACCAAGGAGUCACCUUUGGUUCUCGUCCUGUCUCAGCUGGACAACAGGUACUACAAGGGUCUCCACGGUCAAUAUAGCUUCCGGUUGCAUUUCCGUCUUCACGAGCAGGGGCGACCCGAGUCUGAGGACUACAUUGUCAGAUCCCACGGAAACUACCUCAUGGAUCGCUCGGUAUCGAUCGAGCUGCCGUGCAUGGAGCCAGGAAAAUACUCGGUCUUCGUCAGUGUAGUUGGUGAGAGAGACACUGACGUCUCUACCGUCGAAGAUGUCGUUAAGCGUGAGUGCAAGAAACGACAGGAACACGACAAGCUUGCCUCGGUUGGAUACGCCUACGACCUCGCACACGCCAAGGGAGUUGCACAUCUGGAGCAAGUCGCUCAACUUCGCAAGCAGUCUGAUGCAAAGAAGGCCAGCUCUUCGAGGAAGCAGGAGCGUCGCAAGCUUUGGGAGAAGCGCCACCUCAACCGCGACAUCUCCAAGAAGCAACAGAAGAAGAAUUCCGAGAAGCGCGACCGUAACCGCGAAGCCCGUGAAGCUGAGCGCAAGAAGAAAGAAGAAGCGGAAGCCGCUGUGCGCAAGAAGGAAGAGGAAGCUGAGGCUGCCGAGCGCAAGAAGAAAGAAGAGGCCGAGGAAGCUGAACGGAAGAAGCAGGAGGCAGAGAAGCCCCAAGACAAGGCUGUCCAGACCGACAAGAAUGAUGCGUCUGCAGAGAACUCUCACACCAAGGCCGACUCGUCUAGCUCUGGCCAAGAUGCUGCAAAGAGUGAAGAAACCAAGGAUUCGCAGGCAGCCGGCCAAGAAGAGCAGACGAAGCCUGAGGAUAAGCUGGCCGAGGCCAAGUCUGCCCCUCCACCUCCUCCCUCAGAGACCAAGCGCGACUACUCGUCAGACAAUGAUUCUUCUGAUAGUCCUGUUUCGGACUGGGAGGAGCUCUACAGCAGCGACGACAUGUCGAAGAAGCCUCGCAUGGCGCCACCUCCACCUCCGCCUGCUAACAACGACAAGACCGUGGAGACUGACGACGAAGCUGGCCUGCCGGAUCCCUGGAAUGCCAUCUGCAUUGUUGGUUUCCGAGUCUACUCCAAGGAUGAAAACUUGGACCUACGCGUUGUGAUCGAAGGCGGUGAGCUCGCCGAGGGCGGUAUGGGUGAGAAGGGUGCGCAGGACAUCGACAACGCCCAGAUCAACGCUGCCGGCGAGCGGGAGAAGAACAACGAGAACGAGAAGGUCAAGGACGAGGUCGAGAUCAUCGACGGCGCCCCCGUUGUCAGGGCGAAGGUGCAGCCUGAAGAGAACACCGAGAAGGCGGACGCGAACAUCGCCGACGAUAAUAAGCCGGAUGCUCCAGAGUAUGAUGUCCAGUCUAUCAACUCGGACGAGUCCUCCAGUCCUGUGCCAACCCCGGGUGAAGAACACGACGACCCGAGUCAGAAUUGCACCCCACAGGGAGUGUCAUAG